CUCACUGUGAAAUGUUGUGAAAGUUUGUCCCCCAAUUUAUUGCGCCUUUAAUUUCUUUCCCAAAAAAGGAACAAUUUGCGAAAAUAAAAUUUGUGAAAACGAUUCGCUUCAGAAAUCAGAAAAGCAAAACUUAAUGUUGACUUUUGGAGUUACGGAGAUUGUUGAAAUUUGGAAAAUUUAAAAUAUAAUGAAAAGAAAUCUGAGGAGGAAAUCUACUGCAAAGAAAACCCCGCAAAAAAAAUCGCCCAGAAAAGUCGUGCCCGGAAGGUCUGGAAUAGUGAAAAAAAAUUCGGUCAAAAGAUUGAAGAAAAUGAAAACUGCAAGUUACGAAAGUCCCUUGCGAUUUCUCCAUCAGAGAAGAAACAAACGACAAUUGAUCAGAGACGAUUUAAGUCCAAUCCAGCCAAAUAAAAAGCAAAAGUUAAGUCGAAAAAGAGAGAGUGUGAUAAUUAUAAAUGACGAAAAUGAUCUCGAUUCUUCUCGAGAAACAGCAACGGAAGCAGCUGGAAUUCAAAAAUCGAAUAAAAUUCUGGACAGGAUCUCGCGGAUAAAGGUCAGCGAAACGGUAGCAAAUGAUUCUGUUAUCAUUUUAGAAGACGAUCAACAUCAAGGAUCCUCGGUUGAUUUGAAUCAGACCGAAGACGUGAUGGUCGUUUGGUCAUCAGUCACUGGUUCACCGAAAGAUAAAAAUGAAAAUCCAAGUUCAAAUUCGGAUGGUAAUCUCUCUUUCGAAUUUGAUGUUGCCCCGAAUCAUGCCAAUUUGCAAAUGUUGCGGGGCAAUUAUCCGAAAAAGUGGCUGGGCAAUUAUCUGAUGCAGUAUGAGCCAAAAAAUCCAGUGACGAAUUCUAGAAAGAAGAAGGCGGAGAAUUUGAAAAAGAUGCGAGUCGGGAGAAAUAAAAAGGAUAAUGAGAAUGCGGAAGAGAGCGAGAAGCUCCAGGAAAAAAUUCAAAAAGCUCCAGAGGAAAUACUCACCGGGAAAUUACGGGAAAUCAUCAUCGACGGGGCCAAUGUCGCAAGGCAACAUGCGAUGGGAAAAUUCUUUUCAGUUGAGGGACUAAAAAUAGUUAUUGAUUACUUUAAAGACAGGGGCCAUACAGUGAAGGCUUUUGUGCCUCAAUACGAGAGAAGACGAACCCGGCAAAUUUUGGAGGAUCUUAAUGCCGAGGGAGUAAUUACAUUUACCCCGAGUCGAAAAGCGGGAAACAAGGUUAUCACGCCCUAUGAUGACAGGUUUAUCUUGAAAUACGCAGCACAGUGCGAGGGAAUCGUCGUUUCGAACGAUCAAUUUAAAGAUCUUUACGAGGAAAAACCUGAAUGGAGAGAAACAAUCGAAAAACGGAUACUUCCUCCAACAUUCGUCGGGGAUGUUCUCAUGUUUCCUGAAGAUCCUUUGGGAAGGGACGGGCCAAGCCUUGACAAAUUUCUCAGGCAUGAAACUUAAAAAAUGAAAAUCGUACGAUUUUUUACUGGAAAAAAAAUCGUAACCUCGGGAAACGCUCACUUUUAAUUUAAACUUUACAAAUAAUUUAUUUUACAAAACUUUUUUUUUUUAUUUUAAGUUACAAUUCCGCCAAGUCUCGCUGAGAAUUUUGCAUCUGACAUUCCUCACAAUUGGGCAAUGAAAAUCCGUCAAUUUAAUACUUAUAUGAACAUCUCGUUAGAAUUAAAACUCUAGGAUUAAUAUUCAAAUUAACUUUUGAGAGAAUUAAAAUUUCUCGAAAUUUCCGUUCUUUACUGUUACAAUUGCAAACUUAAAAUUUAGACUAUUUUUUUUUUAAUUUGUCAAAUAGUUCGAUUUUUUUUUUUUAAUUCACGACAACGAAAGGGAUGAAAAUGUCGCAAUCAGAAUUAGUUAUUAGCGUUCUAUUCCUGAUGAU